GGGGCACGCGCCGGCAGGCCGGAGGCUCUCCUCAAGGUCCGCCCGCCUCGCCCGGUGGUCUUCCCCGUGGGCGGAGGGGAGAGAGCGCAGCCGGCCUGGCCCGCAGGCCCGGGAGGGAGAGCUGGGCGCCCCCCGGCCCUUCCCAAAGGGGCGUCUGCGGCGGCUGGCCGCAGGGCCGGGGGGCUGUGCUGCGGGAGCCCCGAGCGCGAGGCUCGCCUCAGUUUCCUCGUCUGUCAAGGGGGUGCAGUGUCCCCUACGGACAAUGGGUGUGAAACUGCGCAUCUUUAAGGGGUGGGGGGCCGAGAGAGCACGACCUCCCGCUAUUGUCCGAGUCCGGAGCGGGCGGGAACCGGGUAUUCCUCCUCUCAGCUAGGGAGGCGCAGUUCUGCGGGGCUCAUUCCAUUGCUUCCUCACCCCAGCCCAGCGGGGGAGCCACGGCAAAGUGCUGUUAUCCCCAUCUUACAGAUGGAGAAACUGAGGCUUGGAAGUGCUUUUUCCUUGGCCCUUAAGCGGGGCAUCUGGAUACAAACUUUGCACCCUCAGACCGGGGCAUUUCAUCACGCUGCCUCAGAAAGCAGAAGGAACUUAGACUGUAGAACUCUUGGAGAUCUUAGAAAUUUUCCAGGUGAAGAAACAGAGCCAAAAUGGGGGUGGGACUCUUCUCUGCAUGCUGGCACAGGACGGGGAGCCCUAGGGACCCCAGAAGGCUGAUGCAAGGCGGUGUCUACUGAGGUCCUCCAGGUGGCCAAGAAUGGAGUCUUCCAGCCCAGAGUCAGAUAAUAGCUGGGUGAUUGCUGGCUCGGAGGGCUGUUUGCCAGUAGAGACCCUGGUCCCAGAAUCUGAGACAGCUCCACAGACCUCAACGGGUGGACAUGUAGGAGCCGUGGAUGGAGAGGCACCUGUUGUUCCCCAGAAGCCUCCUGUCCAGCCUGAUGCCAGCCUCCCAGAGGAUGUCACAGAUGUCAAGGUUUCCCUGGAAAGCAGCGGGAAGAGCAUGGACCUCCCAAGUCCAGAGGAAGAAGAGACAAAGGGGAAGCCGCCAGAGGCCACAGAAGGGGCAGAGCUGGAGUCAGACCUCGUGGAUCAGAAGGACCCAAAGACUGUCCCCCAGCCCCCUAAAGCAGCUCCAGGUGAGGUUGGUGAGGGAUUCAGCUGUUCCAGCAGUGAAGACGACCUUGAUGUGGAGGGCCUGAGGAGACGUCGGGGCCGGGCGUCCAACCCGCUCCGUCCUCCAGCCUCCUUGGGGGGGGUGCAUGAGCAGGCUGGCAGCGAGGGAGGAAGCGGGGAGCUCGGACUCUCCCUGAACACUUGUCUCCUUGGCGCUCUGGUCCUCGUGGGGCUCGGCUUCCUCUUCUUCUCCGGUGGUUUCUCUGACCUUGAGGCUGGGCCAGCAGAGAACUUGGAAUCAGAAGUGACCCCAGAGUCUGAGUCUCAAGACAUUCAGGAUAUCCAGGGUGGUCUGAGGCAGCAGCAACAGGCCGAAAGUCUCCCAAACCUCCAGUCCAUGAGCCUCCUGCUGGACAAGCUGGCCAAAGAGAAUCAGGACAUCCGACUCCUUCAGGCCCAGUUGCAGGCUCAGAAGGAAGAGCUUCAGAACUUGCUACACAGACAUCCGGGCCUGGAGGAGGAGAACGAGAGGCUCCGGGGGGCCCUGCAGCAGCGAGAAGCCUCCCAGCGGGUGCUGGAAUCAGAGAUGCAGGAGCUCCGGAGCCGCCUGGGGGAGCUGGAGGAGACCUACUCGCAGACGGUAGAUGGGACCUGCCAGAGUGGGGGGAAGACCCCCGAGGCAGCGGAGCCCCAGGGCUUCCUGGAGCAGAAGGAGCGGUUGGAGGCUGAGGCCCAGACUUUGUGCAAGGAGUUAGAGAAGCAGAGGCUGCUGCUGAGCUCAGUGCAGAGGGAGCUGGAGAGGAGCCUUCAUGAGUCGGGGCUGGGGGACGGGGAUCGAGCCAAUCUGGCGGAGUUGGGGCGGAGGCUGGCUGCGGAGCUGCAGAGGGCAGCGAGCUGGGGCUCCAGGGAGGGCCAGGCCUCCAGGGGUCUGGCCAACACAUCUGAGGCCUGGGGGCAAGGAGGAGCCCACUUCAGCAGCCCCCGGGAGCCGAGUCAGAAGGAGAAGUGGAAGGACAGCCACAGGGACCACAAGGCAGAGAAGUGGAAGCACAAGAAAGAGGAGUAUGGUGGCGAAAGGAAGAAGAGCUUCAAGGGCAAAGGAGACGGGCGGUCAGAGAAAUGGAAAGAGGAGAAGCGAGGGCCUGUGGAGUUUGGGGGCAAGGACGGAAGGGAGUGGAAAGGGGUGAAGGAGCCUCUCAGGAAGAGCUGGGGAGGCUCCAGAGGCAGUGAGAGGCAGAAGCACCCAGCACCGAGGGAAGGGACUAAGGUCAGUGGCCCCGCCUCCCAGGACCCCCAGCUGACCUGGAGGAAGGUGCUGAACCACAAGUACCGCCUGCCACAGGGCUGCUCCGGCAUCACCGAGUGCGCCCGCCAGGAAGGGCUCGCCACCUUUGGGGUGGAGUUGCCCCCAGUUCGGAAGCAGGAGCUGGCAUCACUGCUGCAGAAGUACUUGGCCCGGCUGCCCUGGGGCCAGCGGCUUCCUGAGCCUCUCUCCUUCCUGUCCACCUACUUCAGUGAGGACGGCCUCUUCCGCCACGACCGCCUUCGCUUCUCGGACUUUGUGGAGGCCAUGGAGGACAGCCUGGAGGAGGCUGCGGUCAGAGAGACGGGUGAUGACGAUGAAGUGGAUGACUUUGAGGACUUCAUCUUUGGCCAUUUCUUGGGAGACAAGGCGCUGAGGAAGAGGUCUGGGAAGAAAGACAAGUAUCAGAAGGGGCCCAGGAACUACCGGGAAGGCUGAGGAAGACGGCUGUGGGGGCUCGGUGCCUGGCGUUUGCCCACUGCUCCGCCCAGCCAUCAGAGAGAUUGGGGGGCCUGGUCUCCUUCGGUUUUUAUCGCUGACUGCAUGGGUGUGGUGUGUUUGGGGAUGUCUGCGACCCCGGGGGGGGGCAUUAAUGUGGCGCCUCCCCCUGGCACCAGCAUGGCCUUGGCUGCCAGGAGUGAGUAAGUUGAGAGCUCAGACCCCAGCUUGCUCAGGAGUCGCCACUUUAGCUUGGAAGUGCUCUGAUGCUGCUUAUGCUUAUUUAUGUGUGUGGAUACAGUCAGGCCUCUUCCCCUCUCAGGUCCCUGCAUGGAGACCCGGUUGGCUCCGGUUCAAGCGACUUGUGCCAAAGUGGGCCGCUCCUCGGGGCGUGGGGGCCGGAUGCGGGCCCCACAGGGGGAGCCAGUCCUCCCCCCAGGGCCUUCUGUGUAUAUGUGCGAGGUGCCAGGGGCUGCUCGGGAACACUCUCCCUCCCGCCCCUGCCAUGCUCUGUUUGCUCCGUGUGUGAUGCAGCUUGUGGGGGCCUGGGGCCCACUUAGAUUUCUCUGUAGGUGUAGAGUUGGGAGGUCACUCCCUUGCUUCCAGGCUUUUGCCUUGGACACUCGGUCAACACUGAAUUCAAUAAAGUGCCUUUGUUGGUGA